AUGGCUGCUGCCAUGCAGUCCGGCCCGGAGCCAUGGAACCGCGUGAGGAUCCCCAGGGCUGGGAGCCGCAGCACGGUGGCAGUGCGGGAUCCCGGCGCCACUCUGGACAUUUGCAUUGCAUCUGUAAUUAAAGAAUGCCAUCUCAUCACACAGUCACUGAGGAGCCAGACCUUACAUGCCGGUGAUGUGUUAUGUGCAGUCCUGUACAGCAAUCACAACAGAAUGGGCCGCCACAAACCCCAUUUGGCCUUCAAACAGGUUGAACAAUGUUUAAAACGUUUGAAAAACAUGAAUUUGGAGGGCACAAUUGAAGACUUGGCUGAGUUGUUCUCUUCAAAUGAAAAUCAGCCUGUAACUACCAGAGCGUGUGUCAUCCCUAGCCAACCAGUGGUGGAAUUGGUGUUGAUGAAGGUUCUGGGAGCCUGCAAGUUGUUACUCCGCCUGUUGGACUGCUGCUGCAAGGCAUUUCUCUUGACUGUAAAACAUCUAGGAUUGGAGGAGUUCGUUAUUUUAAACCUUGUGAUGGUUGGUCUGGUGAGCAGAUUAUGGGUUCUUUAUAGAGGUGUUUUAAAAAGACUGAUUUCUUUAUAUGAGCCGUUGUUUGGAUUGCUUCAGGAGGUCUGUAGGAUUCAACCCAUGCCUUACUUCAAAGAUUUUACCUUUCCUUCUGAUAUUGCUGAAUUUCUAGGACAGCCCUAUCUCGAUGUUAAGAAAAAAAUGCCUGCAGCUUUUGCUGCUAAAGGAGUAACUAAGUUGCUAAAUAAACUGUUUUUAAGAAAAGAGCAAUUACCAAGGUCCAGUGAAGACACUUUAUUUAGAAUUUCCAAAACUGCUAAACAAAUGAAGACCAGUAUACAGAAUAACGUGGAUCUUGGACAGCCAGUGAAAAAGAACAAGAGAGUCAUCAAAGAAGAGUCAUCAGAAUUUGAUGUGAGGGGUUUCUGCAAACAGCUGAAAAACAAAGCUGCUCAGGAGACCAGCUUUGUGCUUAAAUGUUCUCAAUCGAAAGUGAAGACAGUGAUAGGAACUCCCCAGGUCAGAAGAUUUGUGCAGAGAUUCCGAGAAGCUGAAACUUUUGUACAACUUUCUGAAGAAAUCCAAACAGCAACUGUAUGGUGCAGGAGCAAAAAACUCAAGACUCAGGCUGCCUAUCUGGGCAGCAAACUUCUUAAAAGUAAUCGACUUAAACAUGUGGAAGCUCAAGGCUGCAGUUUGCCAAAAAAACUAGAGUGCAUAAAAACAUCUGUUUGCAACUGCCUUCUUCGUGGCUCAGUUAUCAAUGCUUCAAAGCAUCAUCUGAGACAAAGAAGAUCACAGAAGAAUUUUUCACUAAGGCAAAGGAAACCACAGAAAAAGUUGCAGUCAACUCUUUUAAGGGACAUUCAGCAGUUCCCUCAAGGGACUCUGAAGAGUGAUGUGGACACCAGUGCUGAGUGCAGACACUCAGGCCCUACUGUUCAGGGAAUUGAUCUCUGUCCUAACAGUAAACAGCUCUUGAGUAGCAGACUUUCAAAUCCAGUCAUACAAACUAAGGAAAAGCAGGUUCAUCAGAAUCUUAUAGGAAGCAAUGAAAAUGAAACUGAUUUGUGGACAAAGAUGCAAAUAAACAAACACAGUAUGUCAGGAACCAUUAAAGAAACAGAUGACAUUGAUGACAUUUUUGCCUUAAUGGGAGUUUAGAUGUUUUUAUGGGACACUUUUAAGCACUUACAAGCUGGUUCAGUGUUCUGCUGUAAGAGGAACUGCUGAGAUCUGGAAGUGCCACUUGGAACCCAGUGAGGAGCUACUUCUGUGUAAUUCAGUUCAAUAAACAUUUACAGUAGUUUUGUGUCAAUCAGCAAGUAUUUAUUUGGCUUCGACUGUGUGCCAGGUGUUAAACAUGAUGAAAAGUCUGUUACAGAUGAAUUUCUUGACCAAGGUUGGAAGCUCCUUUAAAAAUAGAGUAAUUUUAUGAUAUACUAGGAAAUAAAGACCCAAAUAAGCAAGUUUCCAAAAAUUCUCUGUGUCUUAAGGUAAAUGGAAAGCAAGGUUGGGGAAUGGCUAGGAAUCACCUAAAAAGGUCACUUUGGCUUCAAUGGCUCUACUCUAGAUAGGCCUACCUCUGAGUACCAAUGUUUGUAGCUUCUAGCAGGUACUAUAUUGUUUAUAUAUUAGAAUGGAUCACCAAAGGGACUCAAAAGUUUUGUCACCAACUAUAUUACCAGACUGGUCACAACCAUUAUUUCUUUUCCUUUGUUCACCUUUUUAUAGGAGAGCAUGUGAAAAUACUUUGAGUUUUCCAAAAGGUUUGUUUUUUACUCAUGUGAAAUACACAGGUUGAGAAAGUAAAA